AUGCUGAACGCCAUCGACUACCUCGAGAUUAUCGGUAUCAUUGUGGGUCAGAUCUUGGUCGGUAUUAUCGGUGACUGGCUUGGUCGUCGUUGGGGUCUGAUUCAGGAUGCCACAAUCAUGUUUAUCGGUUUGAUCAUGCUUACCGCUGCCUGGGGUGUGACCCAGAAUGGCUGGGUGAUCUGCUACGCUUGGUCGCUGUUCUUCUACGGUAUUGGUGUUGGUGGUGAAUAUCCCAUGACCGCUACCAGUGGUAUGGAAAAUGCCGUUGGUUCUGGAAAAGUCUCGACCAAGGAGGACCGUCUCCAUCGCGGUAGGAAAGUCACUAGUGCUUUCCUGAUGCAGGGCUGGGGUCAGUUCUUCAACCAGGUCAUCCUCAUCAUCUUGCUGCUUUGCUUCCACCAUGGUAGCGGUAACCCUCCCUACUCGUCCGUGUCCGCUCAAUGGGUGUACCGUAUCUCCUUCGCCAUUCCGGCGGCUGGUACUUUGUGGUUGGUCUACUACCGUGCCUACCACAUGAAGGCGGCUAGCAAGCAGUUGGCGGCAGCCAAGAAGAAGGCAUCCGUCACCGGCUAUGAUUUCAACUCUCUGGCAUUGACCUUCAAGUACUUUGGACCCCGUAUCCUGGCGACUGCUGGUGGUUGGUUUGCCAACGAUGUGUUUUUCUACGGCAACAAGCUCUUCCAGUCGGAAUUCAUUUCAGUCAUCAGCCCUGCCUCCACGUCUAUCAUGCCAACCUGGCUGUGGAACUUGUGCAACGUUGGUGUCUCGCUGGUCGGCUACUAUCUCGCCUCGUUCCUGAUCGACAACAAGCUCUACGGCCGUAAGUGGAUGCAGAUGGUCGGUUUCUUGAUGUGCUUCGUCCUCUUCGUCGUUCCCGCCUUCCACUACAAGUACUACACCUCACCGGAGCACAUUAAGGAGUUCCAAACCAUGUACUUCCUGAGUUCCUUCUUCAAUCAGUUUGGCCCUAACUCGGUUACUUUCCUGGUUGCCGCUGAGGUUUUCCCCACUCCGAUUCGUGCCACCGCUCACGGUCUUUCUGCCGCCGCCGGUAAGGCUGGUGCUCUUUUGGCGUCAGUUUUGUACAACUACAUCGACACGCAGACCAAGUUCUACGUGGUUCCCUGGUUCGGUCUUGCGGGCAUGGUUCUGACCUACGUCUUCCUCCCCGACACCACUGGUUUGGAUCUUAAGGAACAGGAGCGUCGCUGGCAGUACAUCCGCGACGGUCGUGAGCACGAAUACCACGGUCCUGCCGUCCACCCGAAGCACCUGUCCUUCUGGGAACGCCUGAUGGGCAAGGGCAAGCUCUACGAUGCCGAGGCCGAUUACAAGCAGAAGGUCGAGGAGUACCGUGCCGAAUGGGAGUCUGCCAUGGCUGCUCGUAUCGCUGAGAAGGAUAAGGGUGAGGAACUCGCUAUGGAUACCGACGACAGCCUCUUAGAAGGACACGUUCACGCGUACUUCCAUCGGACUAGCCCCAUGUUCCGCCCGAUGGAGCAGAACGCGAAGUCGGAUAACUUCGCCCUGCCUCCGGCGGCCCAGGAAGAUGACUCGACCGCGUCUUUUAACGAAAAGUCUGAAAAAUCCACCUGA